CGUUUUGAUAGUGGGAGCGAUAAGUUUUCGAAGGUAUUUAUUUGCGAUAAUGGAGCCUAAAGUAAUUUUUUUCUUAUAACAUGUGUGGAUACACCCAAACAUUUACUUUUGAACAAGCAUUGUCUAAAUACAGUCUAAACUGAUAAGUGGCAAAAAAAGUGUGAAAUUCUGUGCAAUCCUCCGACCUAGUUAUCCAUAAAAAAGUAUAUUCUAUUUUAAGAAGUGUAAUAAGAUCCAGUAAGCAGCAAUGAUUCGUGAUCGUUUGUAUGAACUUAAACCAAUAAAUAACGACGAAUCUAUAGAAAUUGACAGUGAGAUAGAGCAAGAAGAUGAACUGCAUAAUGUACUAAAUAAGUUUCUAGCUAUUAGACAACAAAUCAAUUUGAUACGAAGCAAUAUAGACUCAAUGAAAGCUUUAGUUAAUGAACAAAAGUUUCACUAUAAGGAUAAAAAUAUUCGAGAACAAAUGGAAUUUUUAAUAACUGAUAGCUUAGCUAAAUCGCAAAAUGUUCACAAGUCAAUCAAAGUCUUCCAGGACGAACUUGCAGAGCCAUGCGAAUCCCGAAUCAUAUUUAGAGUCAAAAAUAUGCAAUUGUCGCUUAUAAAAAAUGAAUAUUUAAAUGUGUACAGAGAGCAUUCGCUGUUUGUUGAAAAGUAUGAGGAGAAACUGAAAAAAAUACUUAAACGGGAAGCACAAAUUAUGUCUAGAAACAUUUCGAUCGAAGAGACAGAGGAACUGAUAUCGAAUAGAGAAAAAGGGCCGUCAUUAUUUGUCGGAAAUAUUCUCGAAGAGACACAGAAGGCACAGCAUGAACUUAGAGAAAUUGUUCAAAGGCACAACAUGCUGAUUAAUUUAGAGAAAACUAUGGAAGAAAUUCGUGACAUGUUCUUUCAUAUAUCCACAUAUGUCAUGGAACAAGGUUCCUUAAUUCAAGUCAUUGAGUAUGAAACAGAAAAUGCUUCUAAAAAUGUCGACAAAGGAGCUGACGAACUAGAAAAGGCUCGAGAUUUGCAAAUUAAAGCUCUUAAGAAGAAAACUUACAUCCUUAUUAUCCUGUUAAUAGUUUUAGGUGUAAUAGUUUUGAUACUUUUGAUAACAUAACGGAAUAAACUUACAAACAACUUUAAUUAAUUUCCUUGUACACAA